GUUUUAAUAUUAAUAAUAUAAGCUAAAACACAGGAUAAUGAUAAGAUGGAUUUUUGUAAAAACACUGUAUAAUGAAUCAGAAUUGAGCUGUGAUACAAAUUAAACAUAAAUAAUGCAGUUACAUUUUGUGCACAAUAAUUAACGGUUUGAGAGAGAGUGAGAGAGUUGAUUGUAAGCUUUGGUGGUUUGCCACAUUUUGAAACUACAAAGUCUCGGGAUGACCAAGCCUUGAUGAUUUUAUUUAUUUGUUUUGGAUCACCAGACUCCCCAAAGAUGUUCGUAAUUAUCAAACUGGCCAGUUUACAAUUUAAUCAAACAGGGACUAUUAUGUAGGUUUGUGAUCUACAUCACUCCUUGCUGAUCAGUGCAACGGGGCCAAUCGACUGCUGAGUCGAUUAUUUGAUAAUUUUUUAUUUAGUAUUUAAUAUUUAUGAAUUUAAUGGGAGUCUAUCCUCAUGACCCUUUAUCAACCCUAGCCUUCGACCGAGCACUCUGUUACCCCCAUUUACGUUACACAAUCAAACUCUCACUAUUAAAAAAUGUAAUACUGUUCAAAAAUUAUUCUACACAUGAAAUACAAACGUUUUAAAUAAUAAUACUGAUGAUGAUAGAAUCUGACUGUACAUAGAAUACAAAAAUAAUAAUAUCACAGAUAAACAUUGCUCUUUAAAUUAAUAUACCAUUUCAAUUCAAUUUAAUAAACAAUUUUCAUUUGACUAGGUUCACUAUUAUAACUUAAAUUCUUUGUAUGACAUGACCAAAUUUAAUAAAACAUUUUAUCCUGAAUCGUGACCAUGUGCUCUAAGUAGACCAAAUGAAACAUGAAAAUCUCAGACCAAACAAAACAUGAUUCAUAACUUGUAAAACGAGUGGUACAUGUGAAAAAAUGUGGCAGAUUGGCAAGACUAUUUUAAUACUAAAACACAAAUAACACAAACAUUUACUUACGUACACAUGUCGACACAUACACAUUCAUUCCGACGAAGAUUCACGCGUACCGAACAUUUAAAAACUGACUCGUGGUAAUUUUGACUUUUUGUCUGACCGAGCGGAACAUCACGACACGGUUUUUUCUGGUGUAGGACUUAUUAAUUCUUGUUUUUUCGAGCUGGCGUUUAAUGAUUCAAUUGAAAAUACCGUCACGACGACCCGCGAUUCGCUAGAAAUUGACAUUUGCUAUCGAUAUGAUGCAUGUACGAAUUUUCAUCACGAACGCGAACAAUCAAUCCGGCAUCUCAACUGUCUCGACUUAAUACUAAUAAAACACACCCCCAAAUGCAAUUCGGCGAAAUUUUGACAAUUGCGAUCAUUUGAUGCACGUACAAUUUUCGCCCGAACGCAAAUUUCCGAGCUACGAAUGAAGAUAUUAAUAAAUUCGUCCUACACCAGCGACAAAACGCGACUUCACAUGUUGACUACGCGAUUACUGAGCCACGAGUGACGACGAGACGUUUGCACACGGCACGGCUCCCAACGGUCUUCCAGUUCGUAUCCUUCCGCGUUACGUCAUGUUGGACUGACUUGUCCAUUGCCUGUCGCGGAUUUUAAAUCUUUUGAUUUGAAAAUCGGCACAAUGUGAAGAUUGAAUUUCUCUUAAAGGUUUCUCUUGCUGCUUGUUAUUGGUAACUGUAUGUUCUCUGGCAUUAUCAAAAGUUUGUAUUAUUGCCUAUUGUGUUGAUAUUUUAAUUUGGUUUAAGUUCAUCAAACGUAAUAUGAUAAUUAAGCUUGUUUGGAAUUAUAUUUUUAUACGUAUUCUUGAUGUUUUAACACAUUUAACAAAAUUGGAUCUAAAAUAUAAAAACCAUCUAUACAUUUUAAUGAGGAUUAUGCAACUCGAUUCUCUUCAAAUUACUAUUCCCUUUACUUGUUGUAUUAGCUUUGCAGUGCUAACUUAAUACUAGAUUUUUGUUUUAAUUAAACCCUUAUUAUUACUGUUUUCAUAAUAAAAAACAGUAAAAAUAUGUUUUACUACUUGCAUUUUGUGUUUCUUGAAGGAAUGUAUAGUGAACUAUAUGUUAUGCCACAUCACUGAUUUUCUCUUCUAUUUGGACCCUACUGCAUCAAAGCUUUUUCAUGGCUUUUUGCAACCUUCCAAUCAACAGCUUUUGUUUGUUGUGGAUAGAAUAAAAGGCACUGUAUGAAGUAAUCUGUGCUUAGAAUAGAACUUGGGUUUGCAAAGGUGGUAGUAAUGGUUGGCAACUCUUUGGAAUAAGAUGGAAUAAUUGCUUUGGUCCUACUACACUUGUGUCUAAAGAUUUCUUGAGUGGUGCAUUACCACUAUCUAUGGCAGUUUUGUUGUGUUUAUUGCAAUUCCUAUUUCAACACUAAUUCAUUUGGAUGUUUUUUUUUCUUUCUGGUGUUGAGGAAAGGUUUGACAGGGAAGAUGGUUAAUAUUACAUAAAAGCAUGUUUUAUGUUCAGCAUCUUGAACAAUAUUGAUAUGUUAAACCUGUUGUCUAUAGGUUACUAAACACAUCAAGAUUCACAUUACCAAACGUCAUAUAAUUCAUAAAAAUGGAAAAACAAACUGUACAGAUUUGCUGUUCCUAUCAAGUUGAUUUUUUCCAGGCAAGUCAUCAUCUACAAUAAAUUAAAACCAAUGGAUACAACCCAGAGUGUAGCAUGAAACUUUCUUUUCUUGCUGGAAAGUUAUCAGCUUUCAUGGGGUUCAGCUAAUGUUGACUUGAUGCUGCCUCUUUUACAUAAAUGUCUUUUCAAUGCUCGUCAUCACUGCCUUUGGUUGUUGCAUAACAUGUAGACAAUUUUGUUGUUGCUUGAAUUUUUGUGUACAAUGUUGAAAAUCUAGUAAUCAUAUUGCACUUUCAAACAGCUUCUUAGCUAGAGAAUGUUGAGUUUGUUAAAACAAGUCAAAGCUUGUGAGUACAGAGUUGAACCACAACCUUGCCCUGUUCUACCAGAAUGUUUCAGAUCAUCUAGGAAACCGAGCAUUAAGACAGGACCUACAGCCACUAUCAAUUUACAACUUCCAAUGUUGCAAACUAAACUAAGUGCUCAUGAUAAUUACAGAAGCAUCCAAAACCCUUGAAGCAUCUCACUAAAACCUACCAUUAAUAAUUUUCUGUCUAGGCGGUGAUACAGUUAAUUUAAAGAAUGUUAAAUAUAAGAUUACUUGAUUAGGUAUGGUUGAUAAUAAGAAUGGAAGUUUUAGCUAAGAAGAAUCCUAAAGGCGAAUCCAAUUACACUAGUAACAAUUUUUUUAAGUUUCAGACUAGAGGCCAGUCUUCAACUCUCUAGGAUAGGUUCAGCCACAUAAGUAUACUUCACUUAAUAAAUUACAGAUAAAGAAGUUUUGCCAAGAUUUGUAGAGUUACAUUGCCACGACCUUGCUUGAUUAUAACAGGUUAAAAAAAUUGCAAGUUUUAUACUAGGAACGGUUCCAACAAUUCGGCCUAUCUCAACAAUGUCACCUGACCAACACUGAGAAAGUUAAGCUAAGAACCAGCUCAUCAAAGCCAACUGAAAUCUAAACUUCUCUAAUGUACAGUUGAUAAGUUUAAAUUUAAGCACUUGAUGUAGAACAUAAAGUUUAACCACAAUCUGUGUGCUGAGACAAAUUCCACCAAAUUAGUUUUGUCAUAAACUUACACUCACCAAAAGCUUCAGCUCAUCAAUUUUACAAAUCUGCUAGAAUGUCUAUUGCUAAGAACAAGCAAGCACGUUUCAGCUUAUCAGGUUAACAAACAGUCUAAACUUUUGAAUCGCCAGUCAGACCUCAACAUUGUGUGCACCAUCAUCAAAGUCUAUCAAAUCAUUUUGUGUGGUCUCAUAUCUUGGUUUCAGCUCAUAUGUAAAGAUUUUCAACAAAACAAGAACACAAGCGUUCCAGAAUCCAACAUAUCAAGCUUAACCUUCAAUAUUCAUUUUAAACCAGUUCAUGUCAUGGUGUUCAACCAUGACUCAACCUUACUUGUUUACAGAGGUUCAACCAGAAUGCCACAAAUGUUUCCAAGUCACCAUCUAGUUUCUCGUUCAAUCAUCCAACAACAGCCAAGAUGUUUCUUAUUAAUUUUACCUCUCUUAAGUUUUAGAUUAUGAUUUCCAGCAUCUAAGCCCAAUGAUAAAAAGUAUGUGUUAAAUUUCACAAGAUGCAACUUAAAUUCGUCCAUAAUCUCAAAUGAACACUGUUUUAAGACUACCUGCAUGGGAAAAAGAGAAAUCAUCACAUGCUCAUCAAAUGUAAAUGAACGUCAAUGUAAAAAGGCAACAUAGUGUAAAUAUUUCACUUACCAGAAUUUUCCAAUUUUUCUGUUUUAGGCAAAUAUUAUCACAUUAUACUACCUUUGUUUCAAGGGAGUUGAAGCUGAUGUUUGCUGGCAUAUUCACUGUAAAACAUUAAAUGUCAAGUUUAUCUUAGGACCGAGACCACUUUAGAUUCAGUUUUCUAUCACAGGUUUAGUAUUUCAGGAAAAAAAAAACUAUUUAUAUAACACGCUUAAUAUACACACACUUUAUUGUAGAUGCUUAAUAUAAAGUCUUAUUUCACCAAAAACUUGGUUUCAGAUAUUUGCUUUAAAAAAACUAAAGAAGCACUUUGGUAUAUUUAUGUGUUCAACUUGUGAGCUUGUACUUUAGUACCUAAAUAAUAAACAAGUUGUGUCUUGUAUUACUGCAAUGAUAGGUAGCAUUAAUUUAAAGGUUUAUCCUAGCAGAGGUGCUUAGUUGUGUGCAUAUGGACAUUGGUUUAAGUUUUUUAAGAAUGUGUGUGUAUCUUAUAUGCAUCUUGUGUCCUUUAUCACUGCCUAUUUGAAUGUCUUGGGGAGAAUAUUAAUACACUAUAUUUGGUUGAAAAUAGUACUUCACAUAAAACUGUUGAUUUGUUGUUUAUGCUCUAUUUAAUACAUUUCCAUGCAUACUUCUGUGCAGAUAUGGCAUAUCUCUAUCACACUAUCACCCUUAGUUGCCUUCCAUAUUAUUUGUUGUUUGCUAGAAGAUUUAAUGUCGGAUUUCUAUGUACAGAGAGAUAUUUGUUUUAAAGUGUUAUUGUUUUGUCCUCUGUUUUGUUUCUAAUACCAAUAGAAGUAUUUUACUUGUUUGGAAGCUAUAAAUUUACAUUUAAAUGUUUAUAUAAUAUAAAUAUAGAGUUGUGUUGGUGUGGCAACACUUCAAAGUAGUAAUCUAUUUGCAACAUGAUUAGCAAAUUGUGUGUAUAUAGCUUCUUUUGCUUGUGUUACGUACUAGUGUGGCUGCAGGAUUUAUCACUACAUACUUUUUUAUCCAAAAGUUUUUGCCAAAAUUUGAAGCGUAAUUUUACUCUCUUGGGAUCCUUUUGCUUGGUUUUAAUGUCAGAUUAGUUAUGACGUCUCAUGUUGUUAUGACAGUUGGUAGUGUUAAUUUUCCCAUAUAACUAAGCAACUUAGAAGGGUGCAAGCAAAGAUUAACUGAACAUGAAAGAACCAAGCACGGCCUAUUUAGAAAUGUUGUAGGCAGUGUUAAGAGUUAACAACAGUUUGUUGUCUUGUCUGAUUCUCUGGUUGCCUGCAUACAAUAAGAUAUAGGUAUACUUGUUCUGCAUGAGUUGGUGGCUUGAAUAAAUUUUCAUUCAACAAUUUUCUUUAACCAAUUUUGAUUGUAAAAUGUACUGAAGUAUUUGGAUCUAAUUUGUUUCUCUAAUUUAUGUUCUCCCUCAAGCUUAACUCUGCUCAACCACAACAGAUAUGGUAGUUACUACACUGUAAGGUGUUUUUUUUUAGGCUUUACUUAACUGUUUCUAUUUUUUUUAUUAAAAUUUGUUUUUGUUAAGCUGUAACAAAAUUUUACUGAUUUAUGUAAAUUGAAAAUAAAAUUAUAAUUAAGGCCAAAUAAAAAAGUUUUAUUUAAACAACUAAAAAGAGAUAUUUAAAUAAUAAAUUUAAAACAAAAAAAGUAAGGGUAAAAAGAAAAAAGACAAGAAAUACAAAAAAGGACAAAAUAAAAACAUUCUAAGCAAUAAAACAAGUAAAAACUAGACAAAGCAAAUAUACAUAAAAAAUGAUAUUAUAGGCUAGUAGUUUUGAAUAAUUUUACCUAGCAGUUUAAAAUUAAUUGCUUUCAGUUGAAUGUGUCCGCUUAAACAAUGCCUCAGCAUGUAAUCAAAUCUUAGACGGUUCCACGACAAGGCUGACUUUGGUGGUUCCACAAUGGGGCGGACUUGGGCGGUUCCAUGACGAGGUGGACAUUUGCUGUUCCACAACAGGGUGUAUUUUUGCUGUUCCACGACUGCCAUAUUUGGCAGUUCCACAUCGAGACAGUUCUCAGCUAGUGGUUCCACAACGAUGCGGUCAUCGGUGGUUCCACUAAGAGACGUUCUUGGGUGGUUUUACGACAAGGCGUUCUUCGUUGGUUCUACGACGGGGCGGACUUUGACGGUUCCAUUUGGUGAUUCGGCGGCAGUUCCACGGCUUCCCGGGCAUCGUCGGUUUGGGGUCAGAGCAUUCAUCAGCGGUUCCUUGGCGUGGCGUUCUUCGGCAAUCUCACAGUGGAGCAGUUUCAGGCUUGAUGAUUCGCGCCAGAGAAGGAGACUCGUAAAGCAAUUCCGCAACAGUCAGUCCUCAAUGAUUCCAAAGCGGCUGGGCUUCAACAGAGAGCGGUCUUCAGUAUCUUAACAUCGGGCAGGAUAUGGCGGCUCACAGCGAGCUGUAUUUCGGGGUUUCAUUACUAGGCGGACUUCGGCAGUUCCACGGCGAGAUGGUCAUAAGUGGUACCACGGCGGAGCGGUCUUCGGCCGGUUCCUCGGCGUGGCGGACUCCUGUGGCUCCACAGCGUGGUACACUCCGAUGGCUCCAGCUCUACGGCGUGACGGACUCUGGCGGCUCCACGGCGUGGCGGAGUCCGGCGGCUCUACGGCGUGGUGGACUUCGGCGGCUCUUCGGCGUGGCGGACUCCGGCGGCUCUAUGGCGUGGUGGACUUCGGCGGCUCUUUGGCGUGUUGGACUUCGGCGGCUCUUCGGCGUGGCAGACUCCGGCGGCUCUUCGGCGUGGCGGACUCCGGCGGCUCUUCGGCGUGGCGGACUCCGGCAGCUCUUCGGCGUGGCGGACUCCGGCGGAUCUUCGGCCCGGCGGAUCUUCGGCGUGGCGGUCUCCGGCAGCUCUUCGGCGUGGCGGACUCCGGCGGAUCUUCGGCGUGGCGGUCUCCGGCGGCUCCACGGCGUGGUGGACUUCGGCGGCUACACAGCGAGGCGGACUCUGGUAGCUCUACGGCGUGACGGACUCCGGCGGCUCUUCGGUGUGGCGGACUCCGGCGGAUCUUCGGCGUGGCGGACUCCGGCGGAUCUUCGGUGUGGUGGUCUCCGGCGGCUCCACGGCGUGGUGGACUCCGGCGGCUACACAGCGAGGCGGACUGGUAGCUCUACGGCGUGACGGACUCUGGCGGCUCCACGACGUGGUGGACUCCGGCGGCUCUACGGCGUGGUGGACUUCGGCGGCUCUUCAGCGUGGCGGUCUCAGGCGGCUCUACGGUGUGGCGGGCUCCGGCGGCUCAACUGCGUGGCGGGCUCCGGCGGCUCCACUGCGAGAUGGCUUAGGCAGUUCCACGGCGGAGCAGUUUCAAGGCUUGAGGUGGGGCGGCAUGGACUUCGGUGGUUCCAAGACUGGGCGGCGGUGUCGACUUCGACGGUUCCAGGGCUGGGCGGCGUGGAUAUUGGCGGUUCCAGGGCGGGUACAAAAAUCGAUGCGGCAUGGACUUCGGUGGUUCCAAGACUGGGCGGCGGUGUAGACUUCGGCGGUUCCAAGACUGGGCGGCGGUGUUGACUUCGGCGGUUCCAAGACUGGGCGGCGGUGUUGACUUCGGCGGUUCCAAGACUGGGCGGCGGUGUUGACUUCGGCAGUUCCAAGACUGGGCGGCGGUGUUGACUUCGGCGGUUCCAGGGAUGGGUGGCGUGGACUUCUUCGGUUCCAGGGCUGGCCGGCGGUGUUGACUUCGGCGGUUCCAAGACCGGGCGGCGGUGUUGACUUCGGCGGUUCCAGGGAUGGGUGGCGUGGACUUCUUCGGAUCCAGGGCUGGCCGGCGGUGAGACUUCGGGGGUUCCAGGGCUGGGUGGCGUGGACUUCUUCGGUUCCAGGGCUGGGCGGCGUGGACUUCUUCGGUUCCAGGGCUGGCCGGCGGUGUUGACUUCGGCGGUUCCAGGGCUGGGUGGCGUGGACUUCUUCGGUUCCAGGGAUGGGCGGCGUGAACUUCUUCGGUUUGAGGGCUGGGCGGCUUGGACUUCUUCGGUUCCAGGGCUGGGCGGCUUGGACUUCUUCGGUUUCAGGGCUGGGCGGGUGUGGACAGGGUGAAUCCACGACGGAUGAUCGAUGUUUCAGAGCCCGUCUUUUUUGUGAUUGAUCUGUCAGCAAGAGACUACAGUCAGUCUUCUAUUCUCAGCCAUUCCAGGAUGAGUUUGUACGGUUUCUCAUCUCUUUCAGGCAAAUGCCGGAAUGGUUCCCCAAAGGGCCGUACCCCGCCAGGAAAGAUGGAAGAUAGGAUAAUGUCCUAAUCAUUCCUGGUUUUAGCAUUCCCUUUAAACUGUAAUUCAUAAUUCUUUCAAUCUUAGUAUAAUAUUGCAAUUAAAUAAAUAGAAUUUUGGUGUAUAA